AUGGCCGAAGGAAAGUCACUGCGUACUAGAUUGCAGUCAUGGAUUGCCACAAGGGCUGCUCCUAUUUUCCGAGCCACUGUGCAUUCGUACACAACUCUGCCAAAUUCCGGUGAAGUUCAUCAUCUGGUUUCCGAAAAAGACGGGAUUGUUGAAUGCAACUGUGAGGGGGAUGUCUUUGCUCCAGACUCCAACAACACACGACGUUUGCUUGAUCCGGUACGCCUUCUAUGGCUCAACCUGGGAUUCUUCCUGAUAUCAAGCCUAAUGUUCACGCUAUCCCUAUCGCCGUCUCCCCCACUGUACAAGGAGCGCGGAGAGGAUACACAGCGAAACUACUGCCUUCAACAGGUCUCCAUGCCGUCCCCGAUCCUGGACGAAGUGGACAUACGGGUCGCACCGCAGCGGAUGGACGCCACCCUCCUCAACAGGGAUCCCCCCACCAUCUACCGCCAGGAACCCAGCAUCGAAAUCGAUCGCGCCUGGGCCGCCUUGUAUGAUACCCGACCAAUUGCGCUGACUCGCAGCCAGGUCCUGGCGAUGGGCAAGGAUCCAGCGGAGGCCGUCCGCAUCCCGCCCAGCUGGGGUCGCGGCAACGACAGCUACUUCGGCCGCAUCGACGCCUUCCAUCAAAUGCAUUGUCUCGAUGCCCUGCGGCGCGAGGCAUACUUCGGCCACUACUACGGCGCCAAAUACCCCGGCGGUCUCAAUACCACCUCCGAGAUGCAUCGGCUGCACCUGUCGCACUGCGUGUGGCUCCUGGCCCAGAAUAUCAUGUGCUCGGCCAACACAGAUGUCUACACGCAUAUCUGGACCGAUACCCUGGACCAUGCAUGGCCGGACUUCAACAUUCAACACCAGUGCAAGAGUUACGACACCAUCUUGGAUUGGCAGCGGCGGAAUGCCUUGGAUGAGGACGACUUUGUCGCCCUUAGACGGCCGGACGGAUACCCCUACCGUGUGAUGACGCAUAAGUUCAAGGAGAUUCACGGAUGGUUUCUUGACCACGAGGAUGUCGGUGACUACGAAUCCGGGGAGAUUGCUUGACAGGUACCCUCUGGAAAUGCUUCAUGGGUGUUUGUAAAAAGGACUGGAUUGACUGCGUUGAGUUCGGGGAUCAAGCAUCUUUCGUCCCUACAUCAGUGGGGAUUUAAUAAAGCCCAUGGGAGUGUGUUACAAGCAACAGCGGUAG